AUGGCCACUGCUUUUCUUGGGGACUCCUAUAUAACAAGAAAUAUUGUUGGCUUUAUGACAUCGUUCUUUGGUGAUUCUAUUGGUGGUAUUUUUUCAGUAGAACUUUUCGAUGGAACAAUUGAUAAAUUAUCUAAAACAUCUCUUCUUCAAAAAAUAUCAAUACUAACUAAUAUAUUUAAAAUAAUGCAACUUGUUGAUGGCGGAAAAGUGUACCCAGUAGUGCAAACAAUAAUAGAUUCAGGUAAAGGUGACUUAUUCACAGACAAAACAAAGUUUGAAGAAGUUUUCACAUUUAAUGGUUUUUCAUCAAUACUAAACUUAAUUUUUGUUAAAGAUAUACCAAAAGGCAUUGAAUAUUUUGUAAAUAAUUGCAAAGAACACAGAGAUUCCAUAAAAAAUUUUCAUAUUUUUAGGGAACGUGUGUUUAAUCCAUCACUAAAAGAACUAAUAAGAGUGUUUAUUGUAUUUGUGUUAUCCGUGUGCAACAAAGAUGGAUUUAAAAUUUUAUCAAGGGCUUCUUAUGAAAAAGAUUUAAAUGGUGAGGAAAGAGAUGCCUUAGAAAACUUAUUUUUUAGCAUUAAUUCACUUCACACACAGUUAUGUACAGUAAACACAGAAAUGUCAGAAGACACAAAAGCCCUAGCAAAAAAAUUAAAACAAUUAUCCACAAAGGAUGGACUUGUGCAAUUAAUAAGUGAUUAA